AUGCCGCGCCGCAUCCUGAUCGUUGGUGGUGGAAUCGCCGGUCUCACGGCCAGCAUCGCUCUGGCGAAGGAGCUCACACAAGUUGAGCCAGAUCUGGACAUUGCUGUCUACGACAGUCGAACUGAACAUUUGAUGGGAGAUGGAGGGGCCAUCAGUCUCACCCCGAUCGCUCAGCACCAUCUGGAUCAGCUAGGCGUCCUGCCCGAGCUCUCUCAGAUGGGAGAAGACACAGGGAUUGAAGUGGAUGAAAUCAAUAUCUACUCUCUCCGCUCCGGGCGAUCGCUGGGUCCCUUGCGAUUUGCGGACGAGACCGGACGCGGUUAUGGGGGCUAUAAGAGCCGCCGAGUGCUGCGGAGUGCCCUCUUUCGCGCCAUGCUGGCCGUGGCGCGCCAGUACGCGCAAAUUUCAGUGGAGUUUGACAAGAAAUUAUCCAGCACCAGCACAACAGGAAAGGGAGUGACACUCCAAUUCGAUGAUGGGACGACGACCACGGGAGAUCUACUGCUGGGAUGUGAUGGCGUCCACUCAGCAGUCCGCACGCAGCUGGUCGAUCCCGGCAACCAGUCAGAAUAUACGGGGAUCUCCUUCAUCCAGAGCCUGGCUCCGGCUGAGCGGGUAUCGCUACCAUCUCAUUUCGACGAAUCGGCCAUUCAUCUGACUCGGCAAGGAUCGCUGCUGGCCAGCUACUGCGACCCCAGUCAUCAGACCAUGUUUGUUGCCGCGAUCAUGCGUGUGAAUGAACACAUUAUCGAGCGGUACCGAGCGCUGGCCUAUACAGACACUAAUAUCGCGGCUCUGGCGUCAGCGCAGAUGGCCAUUCGCUAUCAGGUGCGUAGCAAAUUCGGCAUGACGGCCUUUCCGUGGAUCCGGGAGUGGAUUGAGGAGACGCGUGAUUGGGAGUUGUAUCCCGUCUAUCAGGUACGCCAACGGGGGAAAUGGCAUGUCGACCGGGCUCUGCUGCUCGGGGAUGCCGCACACGCAAUGCCACCACGCGAGGAAUCCGCCGCGUACGCCAUCGAAGAUGCGGUCAUAUUCGCGCAGAUCUUUGCUCAGCGGCGUGAACGUCCUCUCCACCGGAUAUUUGUAGAAUAUGAGAACGCGCGACGAGGGCUGCUCGAUAAAGCUUUUGAUGCCUCGCGCCGGCUGUGGCAAAGCGACCUGGACAAGGGACUCUUUCCCGGCAUUACCGUGACUGCAUGUCGUCUAUCCAGCUGCCACCAAACCCCUUAG